AUGGGCCCGUAUGUUACCGACACUUCACCUUCAGCAAGCAGUCUUUCAUCGGGAAGCAGCUGGGUGGACCCUGACAACGGUACGCUGUCAGAAACACACUCAACGCCACCCUUCUAUCUGGAGGGUCUGGUUGGCACGUGCUAUCGCAUGGAUGAACUUCAGGGCAUUUGCGAAAAUGUGGUUGAGCGCUUAUUCAAAACUCGAAAUCGGCUGGACGAAGCUGAUUUCUCUGCUAUUCCGAAUAGAUUGAGAGCAGCAUUUGCCCAAAUCGGGCAUCGUUUUCACGCCUUCCUAGACCAGCACGCCCACCGUACAACUAUUGAGCGCCUCGUGAGUGCUCGCACUCUGAUGAAUGUGUUACUGGAGAUCAAUCGCGAGCUGGAUUCCAUGCAGCGAAACAUGGACUUUGACGAAGAAGAGUGGGAAAGUACCUGGAGUAUUCAGGUCCGUGACGUCGAAGAGAACCUGGUCUCCGCAUGGGAAGCAAAUGUUAAAAGCCUGCGCACGGUGCUGCCAGAUGCAGAGGCUCAGCUCGACGCCCUAACUUUGCUGAAGAACGAGGUCAGACAGUCUGUGUCGAAGCGCGGCACCAGUUCUCAAGGGAUACUCGAGGCUGCAGCUGAAGCAGUGAUCGCUUUAUCCCCGAGCACGAGGUGCAAAAGGAGUCCACACCAUUCUGCUCUGGAUCCCGGCACAGUAUUCCGCGGCACUUGGAUGGGUGCGAACGUUGUCAUCUAG